ACCACUCUACGGGAGCGCGCACGCAGUGGAGGCCUUCCUCUAGCGGGAGCACGCCGCUGUCUUCGUUGUGAGCGCGACUGCUCAGACUGGCUCUGGGGGUGGGGCUGUGAGGGAAAGGGCCAAAGCCGCUGAGGGAAGUCAGAAUUCUACUGGAGGAAUGGCUGCCUCUUCGUCGUCAUCCUCAGCUGCGGGGGUCAGUGGAAGUUCCGUCUCUGGAUCUGGGUUCAGUGUCUCAGACCUCGCCCCACCACGGAAAGCCCUUUUCAACUACCCCAAAGGAGCUGGGGAGAUGCUAGAAGAUGGCUCUGAAAGAUUCCUCUGUGAGUCCGUUUUCAGUUACCAGGUGGCAUCCACGCUUAAACAGGUGAAGCACGGUCUCGUAAUUGCCUCAAGUUCCAACACAGAGCCUUUCAUUCCACAAGAGAUAAAAAUCUUACAAGACAGUUGCUUGGAGAGUUACAUCUUGGGCUGCAAACAAAAGGUGGAGGCUUCGAACACAUGGAAAGUCUGUUCAAAGCUGCCGUAUCUCAUGUGACCCUGGCAUGGGAUGAGCCCAGGUAAAUGAUGCUGGCAGCUGCCUGCUUUUCAUGGACUCCUGCACAGCAGCCUGGUAACAGCACCCACCAGCAAGUCUCCACCUCUCAGGUGCUUUAAUUUCUCCAAUCUGCUUCAUUGUUAUCAUGUGACCUGUCCAAAGGUCUUUUGUUCUGGAAGACACUUCCUGAGCACUUCUACCUGUCUACCAUCUGCUCAGUGCUGAGGGUAUGGUGUAAGACAAGACACAGUCAUCGACCUCAAGGAGUUUGUAAUUACACAGAGACAGAAAGGAAAGCUGAAGUGUAAAAACUGCCCCAUCAGGAAAAGCAUGAAGUGCUGUAAGAGCCAACUGCAAUCGGCAUGGUGACACAUCCCUGUAAUCCCAGCACUCUGGAGGCUGAAACAGGAGGACCCCCUUGAGUUCAAGGCCAGCCUAGGCUACAAAGUGAGACCCUGUCUCAAAAAACCAAAAUAAAUUUUAAAAAAUAAAAAGAGCCCACUGCAAAACAGCUAAUCCAGCUAGAGUUAGGCAAAGGUUAGGAGAGAGCUUUCUAGAAGGCUAGGUUAGCCUGAGACCUGAAAAACACCAGGCGGGAUGGGAAGGAGGGGUUUGCAGGGAAAGGGAGGGAAAGAUACACGAAGUGAGCAGAGGCACUGAGCUCUCAAGAGCUGGGGCAGUUCGUCUCAGUUGAUACUUAGCGGUAAGGGCAAGAGAUGAGGGGCUGGGGAUAGCUCAGUGGCACAGCCCCUGCCUUGCAAGCACAAGGUCCUGAGUUUGAUCCCUGGCACCACACACAAAAAAAGAUAAGACAGAAACUUGGGCCUGGUGGCUGCACUAAGGAAUCCAAACUAUAGCCAAAGGACAGCGGGGAGCACUCGAGGCCUGAGCAAGAGGAUGCCCAGAUCCACUUCACCUUGGACAAGUCAGAGGGAAUGAUGGAGAAGGCAUGGUGCUGAGCCUGAGCUCUCAGGACUGUUGUGGGAAUUAGAGGAGAGAUGACUGCAGUGGGAAUUAAACAGCGAGGACUAGGGAGUGCAUUGACUUGAUCUUUGAGCCCAGUGUGGUGCCACACACUUGUAAUCCCAGCACUGGGGAGGCUAAGGCAGGAAGAUGGCAAGUUCAAGGCCAGCCUGGGCUACCCAACAAGAUCAUGUUUCAAACACAUAGACACAUGUCCUAUACAAGACACGGUGGCAGGUGGGACUUAGGGAGAACUCAGGGAAGACAUCUAGGUUUCCUAUCAGUGGCUGAGGACCUGGUGUCACAUUCACUAAGAUAAGGUCACAGAAGAUGGCCCCACAGAGACAUCCAGCAGGCAGGGCUCUGCAAGUCUGCAGGGCAGGACAGUGAGGUGGGCUGACAUUAGACUUGCAGCUCACCAACCAAGGUGUUCAUUAAACCAAAGGGAGGGCUGGGGAUGUGGCGAAGUGGUACCUGCCUAGUAUGCAUGGGCCCUCAUAUGGGCCAGGAUCCCUAGCAGUGAAAAAAGAAAAACAAAAAGAAACACAGGUACAGCAUAGAUGGAAUUGCCCAGAGAAAAGGCCCAUGGGAAAAUGGGAGGAAGCCACCAGAGAGAUUACAGGAAAACCAGGAAUGUGGCAGCACAGAAACCAGGGAGAAAGGAGAUUUUGAAAAGGCUGGAAACAGGAGAAUGUGAGUGAGAUAAGGACUGGGAAAGGUCCAUAGUAACCUUGUCUUAAGUGCAGCCUCGGACCAGUUUAGCCCACUGGAGAGAGAGGUCCCUGGCCACCUAGAGCCCCACUCUGUCCAACCCAUGCCACGCCCACUGGUGACCAGCUGGAAGGUGAGGACCCGUGGCCACUUGGCACACCCAUGGCGACCAGUUUAGCCACAGAGGCACCUGCAGCCCACCCCCCACCCCCCAC